AUGCAAUAUCAGAUAUUUAUUUCAUUAUUUUUUUUCAUGCCAUUACCAAACUGAUGCAAGCCUUUCGCCAAUAAUGAACCGCUUCUAAAGAAGUUACGUAUCCCGCAUGAAGAAGAAGAAACCCGGCCGGGACUUAUUUGUAAACAAAGGUAAUAAUAUGGCAUCAGUCAUUGGAAACUUCGUUAAAUCCAUUGGCAAUAUUACAUCAAGCUUUGCUUAUGCACCAUCAGUUAUAGUACAAGGAUUGUCACAGCAUUUCAUAUUAAGAUCAAACACUAAUGCUCAGGCAUGGACACCACUAGUCACAGCUGUAAGACAUCGCUAUUUUGCUGAACGCAGGGCUGCAGGUCCAACGCUCAGGAACUAUGGCUACAAAGAUCGUCUUCAUACAACUGGGCUUAUGCCUCAUAUGGAGCAUAAGGAAAGGUUACCAAUUCCCCUCUAUCGCCCUAAAAAUUCUUGGGCACCCAAGAGAGGUUUAAGAGGUCAGAAUGACUAUAUUGAUAUUUUGGGUGAUGGGUCCUUACAUCCAGCUCAAGUUUUGUACAGUACUCCAGCUUGGCUCCGAGGCUUUAAAGGCAAUGAAUUCCAAAUGCUGCUCAGGAAACGGAAGCUGUUUGGUAAAGAAAUGAGAGAUAAAAGGCCAACUAAAUACAAGCAAAUGAAUAUGAGAAUCAAAUGGCUCUACAGGUUCUUAAAUCAGAAGACAAGGGAUUAUUACUGGCAUAGAACUUAAGGCAUUAGUAUAAUGUAAAUAUUUUUUUUCAUUAAGUGCCACGUCAUGUAUGUCUUCUCAACUAGAUUUGAGUAAGUUGGGAGUUCCACUUGGUAUCCUUUUCUCAUUUCAAAGUACAUUGGUUGCUCACUCCCUAAUAAUGUCAGUUGUUUAUAGGAUUAAACAGCUUAGGAGUUGUAUAAGAAUUGUUUAAUUGACAGAGAAGCCAUCUUGUGUAAGUCUAGUGAAGGAUUCAUAGCAAAGAGCAGAGCAUAGUGUAAUUGGUCAUUUGACACAAGUACUUUAUUGACAUGCAUGCCAAACUUGGUUAAUUUACAGAUUCAUGAAUGGUGUAGUUCGAAUUUUUGCCUGGAAUAAUUUUUUACUUUUUAAUGAGACAAUUAGUUAUGUGUUACAUAGUAUGAAGUGCUAUUGGAGAUCAAAUUUUGACUUGAGAGUUGAUAUUGUGGCUUGCUUUUGUGGAGUAUUAACUGAAAAAUGUUUAUUUAUUUAUUUUUCUUUUUUACUUUUCCAUGCCAAAUAUCAGGAAAAAAUACAAAAUGCUGUUUUAUUUGAAGCUGAGCUGUCUUGCAACCUUCAGCUGAUGAGAAAAUAUAAAAGUUUUGAAUGAGCUUAUAGUGCUAUGGAAAUGUCAAACUUUUUAAAGCUGUAAAUAUCAUUGGUGGUUGAUGUGGCUUUUUAUAUCACAGAAAAUAUCCUUUUGAAUUGUUUAUCAAAAUGACCUAAAUAACAUUUGUUAUUUGGCCAGGAACAUACCUUAAUAAAAAGAAAAGUGAGUACUAUUUUGUUAGGCAGAGUAUGAUGUGUUCAUUUUGGCCUUUUGAGGACCAUUGUAAGAGGAAAGGAAAUACACUUAUCUUUGCUCACAAUUUUUGGUUAGAUGUAUAAGAAAUUUAAACAAAAACAAACUUUAUGCACAUCAGUUUGUCUAAACUGAAUAGUAUUUUACUGUAAUUGGAAGCUCUGUCUUUCAUCCUAUUGUAUAUUUAUACCAAUGUUAUUUCUUCAAUAUGUUUAUGAAUUCCAAAUGUAAAAAGGAAUGAUGCUGCUUGUGUUGACUGAAAAAAAAAAUGUAAAUAAACUUAAAGUUGUG